AUGAAGCGGGACUGUCAAGAACGGACAAUAGAUGGCGAUGAAGAUGCGGUAUUUGCUGUAAGCACAGAACGUGUAAACGGAUGGUUGAUCGACAGCGGUGCGACCGCACACAUGAUCCCGCACCGUUCUGAUCUGUUCGAGUAUGAGAACGUGAACAGUGGCAUCGAGGUAACAAUUGAUGACGGAAAGAAGCUCGCAAUUGCAAAGGGUAAGAAGGUGGGCAAGGCGUACAUAUUUAAAUGUGAACAAGAAGGAGCUCGAUUCAUUCAGUACGCCGAGGCUGGCAGCAAGUGGGAGCUUUGGCACGCUCGCAUGGGACAUCUCAACCAAGACGCUCUGAUUAAGACACGUCAUGCCACGAACGGUAUUCCGGCUAUUGAUCAACCGACCCUGUCUUUAUGUGGCGGUUGCAUGAAAGGAAAGCAGACGGUGGCUACAUUUCCUCAUUGUUCGAGCUCGAAAACGUCGCGCGUUCUUGAGCUCGUCCACACGGAUGUGAUGGGGCCCAUGACGAAUCCAUCCAAAGGCGGUGCAAAUUAUGUCCUAACGUUUGUGGACGACUACGCGCGCUACGUUGUGACCUAUUUCUUGAAGAAGAAGAGCGAGGUGGCCAUCAAGCUAAGCGAGUUCAUGAAUUUCUAUGAGAAUCAAUGGGGAGAGCGCAUGAAGUGUUUACGACCGGAUAAUCGAACAGAGUUUGUGAAUCAAUAG